GAGUGAGCUGCUGGCUGCUGCUGCUGCGGCGGCUGCUACCAUCUCUUGAAAGGGGCGAUUCCUUGAGGAAUCAAUAAUACAGUGAUUUUCCUGUCGUAGGGUUCAGAAGCCCUGCUUGUUCGGAGCGCGUCUGAAGUGAAGAAGCGGUUUUAGGAUACUUCGCGCGUCACCGGAAGGAGGAUCCAAGCUUUUGGGGGAACCUGAAACCAUGUCGAACAGAGCACAAGGCGGACCGGGUAACGGCGCGACGGCCGGCAAGAUCUGUCAGUUCAAGCUCGUUCUCCUCGGAGAAAGUGCUGUCGGCAAAUCCUCAUUAGUUCUUCGAUUUGUAAAAGGACAAUUCCACGAAUAUCAGGAGUCGACCAUCGGUGCCGCUUUUCUCACGCAGACUGUUUGCUUGGAUGACACUACUGUAAAAUUCGAGAUCUGGGAUACCGCUGGCCAAGAGAGAUAUCACUCUCUUGCACCCAUGUAUUAUAGGGGAGCUCAGGCUGCCAUUGUAGUAUACGAUCUGACGAACCCGGACACAUUUUCCCGCGCGAAGACCUGGGUUAAGGAGCUGCAGAGACAGGCGUCUCCGAACAUUGUCAUUGCUCUGGCCGGCAACAAGGCUGAUUUGGCUUCGAAACGAGCCGUCGAGACAGCGGAAGCUCAGGCCUACGCCGAUGAGAACCAGCUGCUCUUCAUGGAGACUUCAGCAAAGACGGCCACGAACGUGAACGAUAUAUUUUUGGCGAUCGCCAAGAAGCUCCCCAAGAAUGACGCAGCGAAUCAACAAGGACAGCGGUUAAAUGUGGCUCAGAGCGCAGAGAGCAACCAAUCAGGCGGAUGCUGCAAGUAGAUGCUAUCUCCUUCUCCACCAUCCACAGCACCAUCUUGGGGAAAAAUAAGGAAGCAUCAGCUGUCGACGCAAAGUCUGACCGUCAAUGUGAUUUUAACUCCCGAUCUUUGCCUCCUCGUGACCACACACCAUACCACCAUCGCCACCUCUGUGCAGCACGAUUCGCUCCCUCGAUCGAAUGAUUUGGUAACAACGACCGUUUCGUACCAAGAAAAAACCCUUCAAGCAAACAAACAAACAAACAGAUAGACAAGAAUGAAUAUGCGUCGUUACUCCAUGUUAGAUCCUUCUCUACGAAAGCCUCUCUUGUUAGCUCCUAAUCACGAACUGUCCCUCCACCCCUGUUUGCACCAAAUGGCGCCCACCUGUCCCGCCCGAAUCCUUCCCGAUCAUCCCUACCCUGAAAUGACAUAGUUACUCAAUUUCUCGAGGUUACUGCUGUUCAGAAUAGACGAGUCGAGUCCGAACUGAUUUCUCUUUUGGUUGAGAUGUAUGCAGCAGAGAAGGUGCACCUCUUAGGUAAGCAACAAGGUGGAUACGCUGGAACGGUGGGAGGGCUGUUACCAAUAGCGGUGUAGUAAUUGAGGAUGGCAAGUAGUAGGUAAAGGGCCAUUAUUAUUAUCAUGAUGGAGGGCGGAAACGACGACGAUUAUCACUACAUUUAUAAUUUACAAAAUGAAAGGAAACCAUCGGUGACUUGGGUAUCGAAUCCAUCUGGCGGGAACGGUUCCCACGAGACGAGAGCCGUGGAUGUGGUUUUGGGAAAGACACGUGCGAACGGGAAACCAACGGCGAGACGAAUACUGAGGUUGACCUCGUCGACCCCUGUGCGUUUGAUGGAGCUCUACUGAUGAUUUUCUAUGGAGGAUGGGCAGAUUCAUAAACUCAGGCGGGAGCGAAGUUAAAGUAGGAGCGAGAAGCGGAAGAAAUUGGUGACCGACCGGACUUGAUGAAGUAAAACUACCCAUUCCCCCUUUUAUGAAAUCAAAUCUUGAUCCCUUCAUUAGAGAGCCAAGAGAAUGGAGGAAAUUCCAGCACCCGACAGAACUCGACAUCGAGUCCAUCAUUCCCAUCAUCAUCCGGCUUACGCUUACUGCAUUAUUUGAUUUUCAGCCCCCUUGAUUCUCUCCUGUUUUCAAACAUAGAGAUCUUAGAGCAGGGAAGGUUGAAAGGAGGAGGAACGAUAUUGAAUAUAUAUAUGAGUAUAUAAAAAAGUCGGAAGUAAAAAAGAGCGGCAAUAGAGAAAUUGAAACAUGUCGAAGAGUGGAAAUUCGAAGGAAGUGAGACGUUGGGGAGAAAGCGAUUGCGCAUCGAGAAAAAAAGUAUUACUCUUUUGAGCGCAGAGGCGAGACCACCAACAGCGGCAUCAGCAACUGCAUGAUCCUUACGAGCAAAAAAUAAAUACAAAAAUUUGCAAAC